UGUAGCUCAGAAACCAACCAUGAAGCGUCUCGCUGUCAAGUGGCGAGGAAAAAUGAAAAGAACGAGAGGCAGCGCAGACUGCCUCCGCUUCUGUAGCCGCUUUGAGCGUGUUUCUCAGCGUUACGUAGAGCAGAGCGUGCUGCCGGCGGGGGUUUCUUCUUCCGUGUGAAGCACUGGUCCUGCGCUGUCGACGGCUCCAUCACAGCGUCGGCUGUCGGUCUGCUCCGUUCUCCCGUCUCUCGGAGCUAGCUAGCUGGCAGGCAGCAGCUCCAGCGACACCUCAGCUGGAACAAGGACCCUGACGUCUCUGGUGUUUACGCCCCCAUUAACUCAUCGAGGCAUAAUUGGCCUUGAGGCUGCAGUCUGAUGGAGGAGCGGUUGUCUAGGUCUGUGAAGAGGCGCCAUGUUUCCUUGUCAUGUAACUCCCUGGCACUCUGCUGAGUCCUCGGCGGCCUGCGCCAGUCAUGCACCGUCAGUGCAACAACCUCUCCCUGAUCUGCUGUGCAGCUGUCCCGCUCCACCUUUGAACGCCCACUCCGACACGCCGCCCCCAGACCCCAUGGAGUCCCUCAUUGUGAUCACGGAGUACGAACCCAGUCAUCCACCUGGAGAGGCCGGCGAGGAAGAGGUUGAAGAAAUGGACAGCUCUGAGACGCCCGAGCCCGCGUCCUCGGCAGCGGCACCUUUCCGGACUCCGUCCUGCGACCUGCUGUCCCACGCAGUUGGCCGGUCUGAGGUUCUGCUGCCUGUAAGCCAAGAGCAAAGGGGUAGAUUAAGUUUGUCGGACCGGAAGCUCUCUCUCCAGGAGCGUUCGCACAAUGCCACCUCGCCCUGCAGCUCCCCUGGACUUAACGGGCGCUACAUUUACCCGUCCUUACCUUACUCUCCCAUCACGUCGCCCCACUCCUCUCCACGCCUGCCCCGCCGGCCCACCGUGGAGUCCCACAGUGUCUCCAUCACAGACCUCCAGGACUGCGUUCAGCUCAACCAGUACAAACUGAAGGAUGAGAUCGGAAAGGGCUCUUAUGGUGUUGUCAAGCUUGCGUACAAUGAGGAUGACAACACAUACUACGCCAUGAAGCUGUUGUCUAAGAGGAGGCUGUUGAGGCAGGCAGGCUUCCCACGGAGACCACCUCCUCGUGGAACUAGAGCAGCCCCUGAGGGUCCCGCUCAGCAUAAAGGGCCACUGGAACGAGUUUAUCAAGAGAUAGCCAUUCUCAAAAAACUAGACCAUCCCAAUGUAGUUAAACUAGUAGAGGUUUUGGAUGACCCCAGCGAGGACCAUCUGUACAUGGUGUUUGAGCUGGUGAAGCAAGGGGCUGUGAUGGAGGUGCCAACUGAUAAACCCUUCAGUGAGGACCAGGCCCGUUUUUACUUCAGGGAUCUGCUGAGAGGAAUCGAGUACUUGCAUUACCAGAGGAUCAUCCACAGAGACAUCAAACCCUCUAACCUGUUGGUGGGAGAAGAUGGGCACAUCAAGAUUGCAGACUUUGGUGUUAGUAACCAGUUUGAAGGGGCUGACGCCCUGCUAACCAGCACGGUGGGAACACCUGCCUUCCUGGCUCCUGAAACACUUUCUGAGACCAGAAAAAAUUUCUCUGGGAAGGCGUUGGAUGUCUGGGCUAUGGGAGUGACGCUUUACUGCUUCGUCUUUGGCGUGUGUCCUUUUAUGGAUGAGCGCAUCCUUAGUCUACAUCAAAAGAUCAAAACCCAACCUGUGGUUAUACCAGAACGUGCCGAGAUAUCAGAUGACCUCAAAGAUUUGCUGUUGAAAAUGCUGGACAAGAAUCCAGAGACCAGGAUAUCAGUGACACAGAUAAAGGCACAUCCGUGGGUGACGAAGCACGGUGCUGAGCCUCUUCCUCCUGAGGAUGACAGCUGUUCACUGAUUGAGGUCACGGAGGAGGAAGUGGAGAACUCUGUUAAACACAUCCCAAGCCUGACAACAGUGAUCCUGGUCAGAACCAUGUUGAGGAAGCGCUCCUUUGGGAAUCCCUUUGACUUGAGCCGGAAGGAGGAUCGCAGCAGUUUGUGCGCUUCAGCGCAGACGUUUACGAAACAAGAGGCCGCUGAUGGCGUGAGAAGCAUGGACCUGCCCUACGUGGGAGAAGACGAGACUCUUUCCUGAUACGAACAGCGUUUUAUGCACACCGAUCUCUUCCUGCCUGUAACUGCACAACACGACACCCCUUUACUCUUUUAAACCGACCGUCAACUCUUAUGGACGUCACCUUUUACGUUGGAUGUGAAGAAUUUUAAAAAGAAGGGACUAACUCAUGAACUGAAGCACUUUGGUGGCGAUCUCGUGACAAUGAUUAUCUCUUGUACAGCAUACCUUUGGGGUUUGUGACGGUCCUCUGUGAACCUUCCAGGGGAUUAACCCCCGUAAAACAUUGAAAUGACUCCUUUCCCCCCCCACUCAACCUACACUUCCCGCCCUCCUGUCCCGCAUGCAUUUAUAGUCUCAGCAUGCCUCGUCUCAGGCUUCAAUGGUCCAGUUUCAGGUUUUCAAUGUAGUUUCAUCUCUAGUUUCCCCUCCUUGUUUUUACUUGACAAAGCGUUCAGGUCUACUGAGCUGAGGAAAAAAAAAAUGGGAAGGUUAUCUUCACCAUCACAGCUGACCUUCUCUUUGGCAGGAGUACGCCUCCUGUUUGCGUGGCAAUGUCCAGUUUUGUUACAUAUAUUUAAGUAUGUACAGUUUACCAAAAAAAAAAAA